UCUACCAAUAAUAUCAUACGCAUCAAGACAUAGAGAUCAUACCUUCGCUAGCUAACCCUGCUAUCCAUCCCAUUGUAGUCACAUUAAUCAAGAAAGCUCAAAAGAUGGCUCCCGAAGCUACUGGCGUGUCCAAUGCGGCACAAGCUCCCAAACCUUCCCGUUUCGAUCCUACCUUCACUCAGCAUGUCAUCGAUACUAUGGGCCCUAAGACCACUGAGAGGAACCGGGUUCUGCUGUCAGCGCUGAUCCGACAUAUUCACGACUUUGCUCGAGAAACAGAGCUCACAAUUGACGAAUGGUUGGCCGGCGUCAGUUAUAUCAACGCCGUCGGCCGGGUUUACUCGGAGUCGGGACAGACGAGAAACGAGGCCCAUCGCUUAUCUGAUAUUCUUGGACUCGAAACGCUGGUUGAUGAAAUCGCCCACAAGAUCAUCUCCGAAACAGACGUAGACCCAACAUCCUCCGCCAUCCUCGGGCCCUUCUGGUCGCCCAACGCGCCCUUCCGCGAGAACGGCGGGACCAUCAUCCAGGACCCGGCGCCGGACGGCCAAGUUGUCCUCAUGCACGGCAUCAUCAGCGAUCUGGUCACGGGCAAGCCGAUCCCCAACGCCGUCUUCGAUAUCUGGCAAGCCUCGUCCAACGGCAAAUACGACUUUCAGGACCCCAAGAACCAGACUCCGAAUAACCUGCGCGGCAAGUUCCGCGCUGAUGAGAACGGCAAGUAUUGGUUUUACUGCUAUUAUCCGACUGCUUACUCCCUGCCCACGGACGGUCCCUCCUACCAGCUACUUCAGAUGAUGGAUCGCCAUCCCAUGCGUCCGGCACACAUCCACAUCAUGGUCACACACCCCGAAUACAAAGGCUGCACAACGCAAUUAUACCCCAAAGACGACCCCUGGCUCUCAUCCGACACCGUAUUCGCCGUGAAAGACGAUCUAGUGGUCGACUUCAAGCCCCUAGAAGGCGACGACAAAGCGAAGCUCGAGCUAGACUACAACGUCAUCUUAGCCCCUAAGGAUUAUAAGGGCAAGCCGUUUUAGACGAAACUCCUUGGAAGCUAAUGUGGUCCCACAAGAGCUUGAGAAGCAAGUCGACUUAUUAAUCUUGGUAUUGGAAACGCAAAUUCUUGUUGAUAUUUAGUAUAUGUGAAUGUAGUUAAAGCAAAGUGCGAUGUUUUCUGAAUAGGAGCCAAAAAGCUCAAUCGGCAUCAAUGCCUUCGAAGAAGGACGCUAUCACUUAAGUCAUCUUAGGGUGAGAGAGGGCAUGGGCGCUUUGAUGUUACUGCGCUAAUGCAUGCGUCUGGGCUGAGAUAUAUAUAUAUGUAUCUAUUAUCCUCGAGCUUACAGCUCACCAAGAUAAUGUGAAGCUUUCACCACGGUGA